AGAUUUAAAGUAUCUAUUUUUUUAAACGAUUUUUUAUUAUUUCUUAGGACUUAACCUACCUGUGAAAUGUAAGUCCCUUCUCGUGAUUUUCACGAGUAUCACGAUUUGUGUAAUUAAUAGCAGCACAAGACGGCAUCUCGAACUCCUCUUAGUUCCGAGGCUUUCUUGUUUUGGGUGAAACAACAUGGCGACUUCUAAACUUCCGGUGGCUUCAAGCCUCCAAUGCGCAGCAAGCGAUCGGGAGCAUUCCAGUUAUAGAGUUCAGUGGUGUAACCGUGUGGUGUGCUUUAUUUUGAAGGCUUAAGUUUUACCAGCUACCGGAUUUAUUUCGCUCGAGUGUUGUCGCGUGGACUGUGCUGCUCUGGCAGAAGCGAUUUUUUUAAAUGAAAUACGACAAACUGUUAUAAAAGAAGGGGUGGGUCGGGAAAGGAAGGCGAAUCAGGGUCGAUUCUCGGGGAAAACUGGAGGGUUGCUGUUAGCUGUUGAUUGUUGACUAGAGAGCAUUUGUCUACACGCCAACAGCCAGGGAGCGCUGUCAGCUGUACCGCGUACCAACAGACUACCUUCACUUCGGAAAUCAACCAUGCUGUCAGAGUAGCAUUGGCGCUCAAAAACGUUCUCCUCAGAGUGAUGGGGCCAGACAGCUACCCUGGUCCAGCCGUGCCCUGGAGAAAGGUGUUGUGGGAGCGCCAGCCCUACCCGGACAAUUACGUGGACCGCAGGUUCUUGGAGGAGUUACGGAGGAACGAAGGCAUCCGUCAGUACCAAUACUGGGCCGUGGUGAGAGAGGCCGCCCUGGUGGGGCAGCAGCUGUCCUGCGUGGCCAUUUUCAUCACUCUCUGGCUCUACAUGGAGCAGGGCCUGCUGUCCCCAGAGAGACUACUUGGAACCAGCCUGGCAAGUGCCCUGCUGGGCUACGGACUGUACCAAGUCCUCACAUCCCAGCUGGAGUGCAAGACCCGGACUCGUCUCGCUGACUUACAGAGUGCCACUAUCUUCCUUUCCUUCACUUUUGGCUUCUCACCUGUGCUAAAGACCCUAACUGAGUCAGUGAGUACAGACACGGUGUAUGCCAUGUCGGCAGUCAUGCUGCUGGCCCACCUGGUGUCGUUCCCUUACGCCCAUCCCUCCCCGCCUGGCAGCUUGUCUUUGAACGCGGCGCUUUUUGCGUCUGUCUGCCUGGCCUCCAGGCUCCCAGGGGCCCUCCACACCUUCGCCAUGCUCAGCUGCGCUCUGCUGAUCUUUGCCCUGUGGCCGUGCCUGCUGAUGAGGAUGAGGGACAAUGCCCCAUGCCACUUCACCAGCGCGUGCGCCGGGGUUUGUGUGGCGGGUGCGAGUGGCCUGGCGUUGCAGUCGCCCGGCGGGGCCGUGCUCUUGGCCCUGGCAGUUCUGAGCGUGACGCUGCUUUGCCCCGCACUGCUAUUGUGGCUGCAGAGGCACAAAGACAACAUCCACGGACCCUGGGACGAGGCGGAGAUCCACGAGGACCUCAGCUGCUUCCUUCACUGAAAACCUGAGUGAAGCACAUAAAGUAGAUGCACUGGACACUUCAUUAGGCACACCGGCACUAUCUAAUGAGCCAACACAUCACUUAAAGAUAAUGGUGUUUUGACUCAUACUGCUAUAGAAAUGCACUGCAUAGCUAAAUGGUAUAUCAAGUAUUACAAAUAGCCAAUCACAAUAAUAAACAUUACUUUAUUUGAAGGCAGAAUUUUUGUAUUGGAUCUCAUUAGAUUGUGCAGGUGUACCAUUAAUUUGAUACAUUUGUCAAUCCACAUUACAUUAUUUUAGCAGCAGAACCCCUUUUUAAAAAAAUGGUCCACUUUUGGACAACCUGUUAUUUACCUGCAGUUUUUUGUUGGUUGUAGCUGCUAUUUAAAAAUUUUACCUCAACAGUUAAUGAAAGGUGUUGACAGGACCCAAUGAUUCUGUGCAUGUUUUUAAAUCAAAUAUAAGGUUAACAGUGUUUGUAGUGUUGACUGUAAUGGCUUUAAUUACAAUACUGCAGUGGCAUCAAUGUCACCUCAAGAUUUUUAAUACAAUUCAUGGAUUUUAGGGUUUAAAAAAUUAUGUAAAUUGUGUAAUAAAACACAGGGUUACUAUAAUUUGCUCUGCUUAUUUGUUUUCACUAUUAACAUGGGGAAAACCUGUUUGCAAAGACGUUACGAGCGUCCUGUAACUUGUAGCAUCAGUAUUUCGUCAUUGUUUUUGACGCUAAACGUUUUGACCUGUAGAGGGCAGCACGCUCCUGCCAUAUAAAUUUAAUGGAACACCACUCAUUGCAAUACUUAAAUAAAAUACUUAUUCUGUCUGCCUGCUUGUGUGUGUAUUUGUUUUUAAUACAGUCAGAAGCUAUACAUUUUAUAUACACUCACCGGCCACAACAUUUGGUACACUUUCACAAUUAGGCGGCAUCCAAUACAUGAGCUGUAUCAAAACCCAGCCUUUACAAAGAUAUUUUUAUAUUGAAACGUCCGAGUCCAUUUAUCAGGCGGACACAUUUUUUUGUAUUGCAUAUGUGUACCUAAUGUUGUACCCGGUCAGUGUAUAACAGCAAUCUAACAACUGAUCUUGAUAUAUAUUUUAAAGUCAUAAGGUUUGCUAAUUGUUUGGCAGUUGUAAUUUUGCAGAAGGCCCCAAAUUCACCACAGCUGUAAUUCAAAUUGUUCCAAAUUAAAGAUGAACGUUAUUCAAAAAUAAAACACCCUCUUUAUUUAAAAAAAAGAUUUAAAAAAUAGUGUUUUAUAGAAUAGCUGUUAAUUAUAUUUACACUGGCACUUGAGGAAAGUCAGCAAACAGCCGAGCACAUUCCUGCCACUGCGGCCAAAGCUAGAAUGAACAAAACAAGCUCACGACUGCUGGUGGGUGAGGCGAGGGGAGGCAGAUGGGUCAGUGCCAUGCCCUCCUAUUUGGUGUUUGCUGGGAUGGCUGGAGCGGGCCUCCUGGGGACAAUGAUCAGAAUCAAUGAUAAAAAACUAAACAGCAUCUUGUGUUGAAUUAGCAUAGCAUAAAUAACAUACUGUUAAAAUCAACAGCUGCAUUUUAGUACACAGAGAAAAAGGGACAGGAAACGCAGUG